GGCUAAAUUUAGCCAUGCCACAGAUACCCAUAAAAACUGACCCUCCAAAAGCUGAGGGCAAAAAGGCUCCCAUUAAAAACCCCCCACCUAAAAAGACUGAACGAGGUCCAGCCGUCCCAGCUGCAGGAGGUGACAGGGCACUGGAAGGACCUGUGUGCAGCACCCAAAACAAGAGGACCCAGAGAAAUAGAACCUGGUCGGAGGAGGAAAGACAGGACCUGAUUCGGCACUUUAAAAGAUGUGACGACAGCUGCGGUAACGAGAGCUCUGAAGAAGAAGAGCCUGAGAACCCCCCCCAGCUCAUUGAGCGUCCACCAACCCCACUACCUCACGAAAGUUCGGAUGAUGAGAACGAUGAGUCCAGCAUGGGAUCUGCAGCAGCACAAGGUCUGGGCACCCCUAAGCAACUAAGGAUCGGACAAAGAAAGGGGGAAAAGAGGCAGGUAGAACUGGUAGACGUCCUCCGGGUGUCUGAGAGAUUGGCGCGAGAACCCCGGUGGGGACC